GUUUUUUCUUUUUCAGAUUUAAUUCUUUUUUUCUUAAUAAAAGGUAGUUAAUUGCGACAGAGAGAGCAUGUUAGCGAACUUUUUCUUAGCGUGCACUCGAGCACAAAACGCACCUGAAACUGAAGCGAAGAUCGGUUGCACCGCACAGUUCUUGGUCACCAGGUCUCAUCAGAUCGAUCCAUUUCUGUGUUGACUCUCUCUCAAUCGAUGGUUUCCAUAUUUACCAGUGAGUAAUUUGAUUCUAAACAUUUUUCAGUCGAACACAUUGCGAUUGUAUUUGACCUGUAUUCGGAACACUCUUGAGGCUGCCAUGUGUUUACAGAACUUCCCUUGUCAAGAAGUUGAAAGGCAUAACAAACCAGAGGUUGAACUAAAGACCAGUCCAGAACUGCUGCUAAACCCAGUUUUAAUAUGUCGAAAUGAGGCUGAAAAAUGCUUAAUUGAAACGUCUAUAAAUUCAUUGCGCAUAAGCCUCAAGGUAAAGCAAGCAGAUGAACUAGAAAACAUACUAACUAAAAAAUUUCUUAGAUUUUUGUCAAUGCGGGCAGAAGCAUUUCAAGUAUUGAGGAGAAAGCCAGUACAG